AUGUCUACCUCAAUCCCCACAAAAAUGAAAGCAUGGCUAUACACCAGCACAAGCGGAGGUCUCGAGAAAAACCUCUAUCUCGACCCAUCCGCCCGUGCACCCCCAUCACCAAGACCUAACGAUGUCCUCGUGCAGGUGCUCUUCGCAUCCAUAAAUCCAGCCGACUACAAAGUCCCCGCGAUGGCAUUCGGCCUCGCGGCAAAACUAGUAGUCGGAUUACCCGCGUCCCCGGGCAUGGAUUUCUGCGGGCGCGUCAUCGCUACAGGUGCGAACGUAUCCCAGUUUACAUCUGGUCAGCUUGUCUUCGGAUGUCACAGUCAACCUGUGAAAUUUGGUUCGCUAGCAGAGUACCUUUCCAUCUCGGCGGAUCUUAUUGCCGCUGUUCCCGAGGGUGUGAGUCCUGGAGAUGCGGCGACGAUUGGGAUUGCGGGACAGAGUGCGUUCCAGGCGAUUAGUGGAUACGUGAAAGAGGGAGAUAAGGUGUUUAUUAACGGUGGUUCUGGAGGUUGUGGGUUAUUUGAGAUUCAGAUCGCGAAGAAUAUGGGUUGUCAUGUUACGGCUACAUGCUCGACGAGAAAUGUUGAGCUUUGUCGAGAGUUCGGAGCUGACGAGGUGAUUAAUUAUACUACCGUCCCUAAUGGGGAUCUUUCUGCUGCACUGCGGGAACGGGGAGUAGUGUUUGAUCAUAUCUUUGACCAUGUUGGACUUCCGUAUGAUCUUUACUUCCAGUGUCACCAUUUCAUGAAGCCGCAGGGAGUGUUCUUGCAGGUUGGAGCUGCGGGUAUGUCUACUCAUGUGUCAAGAGUGGGAUGGCCUUCGCUUUUGGGUGGCGGGCGCAGGAAGUAUCGUAUUUUCUUUUUUGCUAAUACUCAAGCACAUGUUGUGGCAAUUGGUGAGAUGUUGCAGAAGAAGAGCCUGAAGGUGAAUGUGGAUACUGAGUAUAGCUUUGAUGAUGCUGUUGAGGCCUUUGAUAAACUAUGCUCUGGAAGAGCUCGAGGCAAGAUUCUGAUUCGAGUCGCUGAAUGA